AUGGCUGCUGGAGGGGUCGUCUCAACAACUGACCAAUACAGGGAGCUACAGGACAAGCUAGAAGAGCUCACAACAUGUCCGAUAUGUCAGGAACGUUUCAAACAACCAAAAAUUCUCAGCUGCCAUCAUACUUUCUGUUGUCCAUGUUUGCAAAGUUACUUUAUGCAAACACCGGAGGAUAACUCGCCGUGUCCUCUUUGUCGGUGUUUGUUUUUCCCGCCAAAAGGAGAUGUUUCAAAUUUACCAACAAGCACUUUCAUGCAAGAUGUGGUAAUGAUGAUUGAGAAAAAAAGUCCAAUUACGAAGAAAGAUUGCAUGGUUUGUAAAAAUAUCAAUAAGGAUGCUGGCUUUAUGUGUGUAGAAUGUGACGUACAGAUGUGUGAGUCUUGUAGGGACAUCCAUGAAAUGUUCCGAAUGGAUUCUCAUAAUCUUUUAAGACUUGAUGAAACACAAGACGUUCCGAUAAUAUCUGUAAUCGCUGGAAAGAAGACCAGUCGAACAUGUGACGAACACAACGGCCAGAUAAUGGAACACUUGUGUAUAUCUUGCAACGUGCCGAUAUGUUCCGAAUGUAAAAUCACAAACCAUUUUCAACAUAGGGUACAGAACAUAAUCCACGCAGCAGAGGAAACCCGAAACAUUAUCCGGUUGUUAAAAAAGAGCUCAGAUCCCGAGGUAAAGCGUCUAAGAGAAACGAUUACGGACCUUAAAUCUCUCUCGACAUCCAUUCAAAUUUCAACCGACGCGAUGAAAGACGAGGUCAGAACGACAGCCGACAAACUGGUAAAGACGGUACGCGAGAAAGAAAGCAAAAUGCUCCGUAUUGUAGAAACGGACGUCAUAGCGAGACAGAAAGAACUCAAGUCGAUAGAAGAUGCGACAGAGUUACGCCUGACAAGCAUCUUCACGUUCCUGGACUACAUCAAGUCACUUGAAACGUUUGGAGACGUGACUCAAUUGUCCGUUGCUAAGCAAACCAUACAGAAACAGAUUGAUGAAAACAGUGUACAAUCCACGCCGACGCUUCCGGCGUCUUGUCAAUGCAAUCGCAAAUUUAUACCAUCCGACAUUUUUGAAAGAAUCCUUCAUUCGGAAGACCUUGGAAAAAUUGAAUCAUUUGCGAUACAGUCCUUACGACAAAAUGCGCCCCCAAUACCACCAAGACUUCACCGCCACCAGAACAGAUUAAACCCUCUUAAGUCAAAAAGUCCUGAUGAUGAUGAACCGAUAAUUCCUCCACCAAGAGAUCCGAAAUGGGAAGUGACGCCAUCAGAGGAAACAUCCGUAAAACAGCGGGCAGAAAGUGAUAAUGAGUACACAAAUCCCAAAGAAUUUCUGUGGCGAGAAACAGACAUUAACGACAACUCUUCGCCUCUUAAUUCACCAAAGAGAUCCACCCCGAAACCCCCGCAGUUAAAUAGACCUCUUCCUCCACCACCAAGGCCACAUGCGUCUUCAGUAUCACUGAGCGUGAAUGGAUCGCAGUAUUUGAAAAUGUCCUCGGAGACGAAGCAGCAGCGAUUGAAGCGGGUGAUGAGCGACUCCGAUUUACUUGACGAGACCGGAGUUAAGUCAAUGAUAUCAGGUCCAAAAAUAACUAGUGGUCAGAUGUCCUUCAGUGCUAAGGUAAGAAUUUCUGGAUUGGCCGUAACAAGGAAAGAUGACAUGAUCGUGGUCAGUAACUAUAGUAAAAAGUGUUUGGUGUUCGACAAGUUUGGCGACCUCAAGAAUGAAAUAUCGGACCAACUGGCAAAUCCGUGGGACGCAGCUGUCAGUGUUACCGAUGAUGAACUCAAGGAUAUCGUUUACCUUACUGACACAGGUGAAAAGUCUGGAGAAGGAAACGUGAAGGAAUACAAAUUAGAUGGGACGUACCUCCGGACACUGGUCAGCAAAUUACGAAAACCUCACGGCAUCACAACGUCAUCAGAUGGUGACGUCAUAUACGUGUGUGACGCCGAGGACAGUAGCAUCAUCGCCUUAUCACCAAGAAGAGGGAAAAAACCUCGCAAAAUCAAACAGAAUAUGUUGGGAAAAAACCUGUUUAUCUGCCCUUGGUAUGUUUCCGUGACGGCAGGUGGAGAGAUAUUAGUUUCCGAUUUCCACGCGGGAAAAUUGGUUGGUAUCAAUGAGGACACCGAUCGGAAGAAGAAAUCUUACAAGCCAGAGAAAUCCGGAAAUUUGCAGGAUUUUCGGCCAGCUAUGAGUUGUGUCGACUCCGAGUCCAAUAUCUUCGUUGUGGAUCAGAACAGUAAUUGUAUCUUUGUGUGGGCGGCGUGCAGAAACCUCAUGAAAGUCUCCAUCCCAUCUACCAUCGAUAUCAAACGUCCAGUGGCCUUGGCCUUCGACUCAUCCGGGGCACUUUGGAUUGGCUCCCGGAAGGGCGAGCUCGUCAAAUUACAUUUCAACCUGUAA